AAAACUUUUAAUAUCAGUUUAAUAUAUAUAGAGGAAAUACAAGAGAAAUUUAUAAUUUAAAUAUUUUUUUAUAUUUAUGAAGAAUGAAGAUUACUUACAUAAGCAUUAUCAGUGUCAGCUAUUAGUUUCGAUUGCGCAUGCGCAAUACGAAUUGGAACGUCAAAUACAGGAUUGAAUAACAUCAUUGUAUUGUGAUAUUGUAAUAUGUAAAAUAUGUUUCAAACAAAAAUAUGCAUAUAUCUUCAUAUGUAGUUUUCACAGUAAUCCAGUCAGUGUUUAGCAUUUGAAUAGUGGCAUUAUCGUAUCAGAUACUGCGAUGUAAAUUCGUAUUCAUUAACAACAAAUGUCUGUAUGCAUGUGACAUGUGACAUAUUCUCAAAUGUCUUCUCCCAAAACCACCGAAUAUUCCGGUAAUUAUCAACGAUUUAAUGAAGAUGCCAACAUAUCACUCGAACAAAAUAGUUCACAUCGACCAUGUCAAAAAUAUGGAUCUAUAUUAUCAUAUCCUUCUGCAGAAAAUCAUCUAAACUCUUCCACUGAAAAUAUAAGAACAAUCGAUCCAAUCAUUCAUAAAUUUGAAACAGAUGAUGCACAAAGAGAAAACAUGUCUGAAAAUGUAAUACUUCCAUCGCAAGAUUCACUCACAGAUCAUGAUCUAUAUUGGGAAAUGAAUUAUCAUGAGGCUGCUAUAUAUUUAGAGGAAGGUAGAAAUAACGAAAAAUUUGAUUCACAUCCGAAGCAUCCCGAAGAUUUACCAGCAUAUCUCUUAGUUCAUAAUAACUGGUAUUAUGGCUUAGAUUUAUUAACUUCUCUUAUACUUUUGGCUUUGGCUCUUGUUGAAGAACCAGCUGUACCACUGUUUGGCAUACCAGUAUGGGCACAUGGAUCCAUAGAACUUUUUGCUUUAAUAAUUAUAGGUAUAGAAUUAGCUUUGAAGUUAAGAUGGAUUGGUUGGUCAACAAUGUUAAAACACAAACGAACAAUGCUAAAGUGUAUUACAUUGGUCAUCAUGUUUUUAGAGGCGAUGACAGUAUUAGUACGACAGUCAUCGCACUUCCGUGUAACACGUGCUCUAAGGCCUAUUUUUUUAGUAGAUACAAAAUGUUUUGGAGGCGUUAGAAGAUUUAUCAGACAAAUACUUUUGACCCUGCCUCCGAUUCUGGAUAUGUUAGGCUUGCUUUUAUUUUUUGUAACACUUUAUACAGUAUUGGGCUACUACAUGUUUUCUGAAAUGAAUAGAAAUUUUUCUACAUUACAAGAUAGUUUUGUGAGUCUGUUUGUUCUUCUUACUACCGCCAACUUUCCAGAUGUGAUGAUGCCAUCAUAUUCAAAAAACAAAUGGUAUGCAAUAUAUUUUGUAUCAUACUUGUCUACAAUGUUAUAUGUAAUGAUGAAUUUGAUGUUGGCGGUGGUUAACGAAACGUUUACAGCAGCUGAGCGUGAUAAAUUUAAAAAAUUGUUUUUACAUAAACGAAAAGCAUGUCAACAUGCUUUCAAGUUAUUAGUUUCGAAACAAAAUCCGGAUAAAAUGCGAUUUCGUCAAUUUGAAGGAUUAAUACGUUAUUAUGCUCCAAAUAAAAGUAUAAGAGACAUUGUGCUAAUGUAUCAACAUCUAAAUUCUUCUGGAAGCGGAGUUCUGAGUGCUGAAGAAUUUUUAAACAUUUACGAUACUAUUAUACUUCAGUGGGAGCCGCAAUAUUCUACUGUGCCUUGGUAUCACAGUACAUCACGACCUUUGCAGAUUCUCUGCACAGGAGCGCAUACAGCUAUUAGAUGGCCAUAUUUCGAAACUUUAAUGUUAUUCGUCACUGAAGCACUGAUAAAAGUGUUAGGACUUGGUACAAGACGAUAUUUGAGUUCUGGAUGGAAUCUUUUUGACUUGGGAACAUCCAUAAUGACACUGGUUGCUGCUUGUAUUUUAUGUCUUUUUCCAACAGCAACAUUUUUUGUUCUAUUCAGACCACUUCGAAUGUUGAGAUUAUUUAAAAUUAAAAAAAGAUAUCGAGACGUAUUUGGCACUUUAGUGAUUUUAACUCCCUUGAUGUCUUCUACCGCAGUAGUCAUGCUAGUUUUAUACUAUUUCUUUGCAAUUAUUGGAAUGGAAUUGUUUGCAGGAUAUAAUAUGCGAAAUUGUUGCAAGAAUACAACAGUUGAAGAUUUUUAUAAGUACUCUGUCAAUGAAAGUACCGCACUAGGAUAUUAUUACCUUAAUACUUUUGACAAUCUUAUAGCCAGUGGAAUGACUCUUUUUGAGUUAACAGUUGUUAAUAAUUGGUUUAUCUUAAUGAACGCGUAUGGAUUUACAGUUGGAAUGUAUACACGAAUAUAUUUUAUGAUAUUUUAUUUGGUGACAAUGAUUGUUUUAACUAUUGUGGUAUCCAGUUUCUUGGAGGCUUUUCGAUUUAGGAUACAUUAUAAAAAAUCGACAUCUAAACGUGAUGAAGAAAAAAUGCUACACGAAGAAGUAGAACUAAAAUGGGAUGAAUUGCAAUAUAUAAUAGAAGAUUUUCAGCUUCUGGAGAAAUUACGGCCUUCGCUAAAAGUUGGUGGAACUACUGUCUUUAUUGGAUCGCGUCCUCGAACCAGAGAAGUUUUGCAAAGAAAAAUGUAUACUAAUGAAAUUACCGAAUGGAUUACAGAGGCUAAUCAAGCAGAAAGGCAGCUUUUAUCAAACGCUACUCAUAGUUUAGAAGAAAAUUAUAGAGAAGAAGCAACUUCCGAAACAGAUCACAUAGGAUUAACUGAAAACUUGCGACAAACGCAUCGUAACACAUCAAAUGUUGUAUAAUUGUAAUGGUAAAUCAAAUUUCAUUGUUCACGAUAUAUUAGCACCAAAGGAUUGUAAUAUAUAAAUAGAUAACAGAUAAUGAUAUAAAAAUUUUUACCAAAAGUAUAAACAUAAAAGAAAAUAAUAUAUUUAAUUGACAUGAAAGUGAUUAAACUUUAUUUUGGAUUAUGUUGCGAUAUAUAGAUCAAGUAAUUCAUAGUUUUUAUAAAAAUAUUAUGUAAAAAGUAUUAAACCAUAUAACUUCCAUAAAUAAAGUUUUAUUAGUAGUCAAAUUAACUUUUUUUUAUUUUUCUCAGAGACGAAAAGAACAAUUUUAUUUACAAAAAUUUAUAAAUUUGUAA